GCUAUAUAUGAAGUCGUUAUUAUAACCUCAAAGUCCAAACCUUGGCAUUGUUCCAACCGGUACUCCUUAUAUAUUCUCAUUAAUUUAUGGCAGAUAUGUCUACUGAAUUUGUUUAGCCUUUCAUCAGGCCUCCUAUAUUUGUUCUCAUUCUUCACAAAUUCAAGUUCUACAACCUGUUCGCUUUCAUAGACAAUGCACGGAAUCUGUUUGAUAGAACGCCUAGCCGGAUAUAUAUUUUCUCCUGAUUAUGUGAAUUCAUUUGUGCAUUAAUUUUCCCACUCUGUCUGUCAAUAUUUCAUUUCUACAGCGUAAAUCUGUGUAUCGAACCCAAUGAAGUUCAAGGCGUAUCUCACAGACAAUGGCGUGAACCUGCUUGAGAAGAGGUUCCUACCUGCACUUGAAAAAAUGGGGAAAAUAUGCCAUCUCUAUCUAACAAGAGACCAUGCUUUCUUCCUGCACAACCUCCUUAACAGUGACGGGAUCCAUUCCAUAGCCCAGUUUCGCAAAGACGCCCUCUUCGAAGAUUAUAUGAUCUCCAGCCUGAAUGAUGAUCGCAUUGCCUUCACCAUCGACCUCUCCCUCCUCCAGCGCGCUCUUCGCAGUAUCAUCAGUAUCUACACAAAGUUCUCGGGAAAUGCCGUUAAUGUCCCUAACCGCAUUCAAAUCAAGCUGGUCAAGAAGCUUCCUCCACAUUCUCUACAGCCUAUGCCCUUCCUAACUUUUGAAACCAAAGGCUAUAAGUCAGCUGUUAUUCAAGACGUUCCGAUCUCCAAACCGUUGUCGCGAGGUGAUGUGGGUGAACUUCAAGCUGCCCUAGAUGGAGCUCAAGAUUUGCCUCCCACUCUGGUCGAAGUUCCGGAUAUGAACCAAUUGCAGAACUUUGUGGAUAGGAUAAAGCACGUUGGGGAUGUGAUUAAUGUGUCCAUUAGCAAAUAUGGUGAUCUCCAUUUGCAAAUUUCUACACCAUUGGUAACCCUAGGUGCCGAGUUUAGGAAGCUGUCGGUUAUCGGUGAACAGGCGACGGCUCCAUCGUGGGAUCAGGAUCUGACUGCUCAAUCCCGGGCGAGAAUGGCGGUUCAGAAGGGGGACGCGAUGACAGUGCACGUUAGCGUGAAGCAUUUCUUUAAGUCUCUUCAGUGUCAUUUGGCUAAACCUGAUUGUGCUUUCUAUGGGAUUUCUCAUCAAGGUGCUUGCUUGACCUUGAUAUUUCAGUUCUUUAUCCCGGGGUCUCGCCAAACAGAUAAAUCUAUUAGUCUCCAUUGCCGAAUCCCCGUGCUUGACCCUGGUUCCAGCUAAAUCUAACACAGGUGUUUCUAAGUCUUCCUGCAAGUUAAUGAUUUCUUCUGGAUUUGUAUGAAGGCUGAAGUGGUUCAUAUUCUACUUAGAGUGCAGUAUGGUUAGCACCUGUUUAACUAGGUCAUCAACUUUCUUUUGGACUUAAAUUUCGUAAUUUGGUUGUUGACUCUUUGAUUUAAACUCAAUUAGGCGCUCUUACAAGUAUCAUCUAAGUGAGAAGCGCCUUUUUUGGUCCACAUGAUGUAUCUGAAAGCCAACUAGAUUAUGAAAUUGUGUCUGAAAAUUUCAGUGGAUUGACAAGCAAAUGCGGAAUGCCACUCUAAUUUAGAACACAAAAAUGUAUGUAGACCAAUUUGGGUUAGAUUUCGUAAUCUAGGGCCAAAUUGAGUUCCAUUGGAACCUUCAAGACUAAAUUGAUUGAUUAUGUGUAUUUGAGUAACAACAUGGGCUACAAAAUAAUAUACUUUUCCUAUGUAUUUUUAAACUUUAUCCAGCUUUACCGUAAGCUUACCUGUCUCCUACUUUUUUGGUGAAUAUGGCAUGAAUACCAACUCCUAUCGGUGACAAUUAGACAUUAUUGACUCUCUUUCUGCCCCUU